AAAUGACAAAAGCCAAAAAAAAAAAAAAAAAAAAAAGGUAUUUGAUCACAAGAUUUUGACAAAAAUAAGACAUUCCUAACCCUUUCCAAAUUCACUCAGAGGUAGGCACGCCUCAUUUUUCAAAAGGAUAACUGCAGGUGUGUGUGGGGGUGUUCUAAAUUGAAAAUAUCUCAAGAGAUAAGGAGAGGGGGCAGGGGGCUUGGAAAGCAAGUUUGAAGAUAAUAGCAGAGGGCAAUACUAUGUAUCAGCACUCUCCAAAAGAAACAUAAUGUGAUGCAGGUAUGUAAUUUCAGUAGCCACAUUAGAAAGUAAGAAGAAACAGAUGACAUGCUAAUAUUUUACUUAGCCCCAGAUAUCCAAAAUAUUACCAUACCAACUUUUUGUUGUUGUUAUGGCCACAGCCAUGGCAUAUGGAAGUUCCCAAGCCAGGAACUGAAUCUGACUUCACCUGUGACCUAUGCCACAACUGUGGCAAUAAAGGACACUUUUACUCCACUGCCCCAGGCAGGGAAUCAAAGGGCACCUCUGAAGCAACCCCAGGAGCCACCGCAAUCUGACUCUUAACCCACUGCACUACCACAGGAACUCCACCAUUCCAACAUUUAAUCUUUACGUAUUUAUUAAUCAAUAAAACAUUUUUCAUACCAAAUAUUCAAAACCUAGCGUGCACUGUAUACCUAUAGCACACUGAAGGUGAUCAACCACCCUGGCUUGUCUGGGACUAAGGGGUUUCCUGGGACAUAGGACUUUCAGUGAUAAAACCGGGACUGUUCGUGGCGAAUCACAGCAAGUGACCACACUCUAACAUCUCGAUUUGGACAAGCAACAUUCCAAGCCCUCUAUAACCCCAGGUGGCUAGUGGCUACAAUCCUGGACAGUGCUACCAUUUAUCCAGCGUGGCACAAAGCAGACCACAUACAUUAUUUCAUCUAAUCUUCAUAACACACCUGAGAGACGACGCUGUUCGUUUCCAAGUUACAGAAGAAAGAAAGCAGCACAGGGUCAGCCUGACACUCAAUUAGGACCAUAGUGUAAGAGAUCUCGUGAUAAGCUUGGGGCCUAAGAAAUGAAAUGUUAUGAGAUGAGAAGACAGGAAAGUUCCAGAAAGGGAGACAAGGGAAAACGUGAACAGAUUCUCUGACUCUAAGAAGCAAAGAAUUGGCAGGACAACUGAAAAUGACCAGAAGGAGGAUAUACUGGGUCCCCAGGUCUUCUGGUGGCCUCGUGAAUCUCGGCUUGGAUGUAGAUAAUGACAUGGUUUCAGGACUUAGCUAUAAAACUUUCGAGGUUGAAGAUGGUUCCUGGCCCCAGCAGGUGGGGGAGCCUGAGGCGCCAAGGAUGGGGAAGUAUGAUGCUGCCUGGAGAACCAUGAUUCCCUUCCGCCCGAAGCCAAAGAUUCCUGCGCCCCAGCCCCUGGAUGAUGCCGGCUUGUUCUCCUACCUCACCUUGUCGUGGCUCACCCCAUUCAUGAUCCGAGGUUUACGGAAACGCUUAAAUAAGCACAUGAUCCCCCAGCUGUCAGUACAUGAUGCUUCAGCCCAAAAUGCCAAAAGGCUUCGUCUCCUCUGGGAAGAAGAAGUCUCAAGGCAUGGGAUUGACAAAGCGUCGGUGUUUCGAGUGAUGCUGAAAUUCCAAAGAACAAGGGUUAUUUUUGAUAUGGUUCUGAGCUGUUUCUUCUCUGCCACCAGCGUGCUAGGGCCAAUGCUGGUUAUACCAAAGAUCCUGGAAUAUGCAGAAGAGCCGUCAGGGAGUAUUGCCUAUGGAGUGGGACUUUGCUUUGCUCUUUUUUUCACCGAGUGUCUGAAGGCUCUGAGCAUGUGCUCCUGUUGGGUCGUCAGUCAGCGCACUGGCACCAGGUUUCGUACAGCCGUCUCCUCCUUUGCCUUUGAGAAGCUGAUCCAAUUUAAGUCUCUGACACACAUCACCAUGGGAGAGGCCAUCAGCUUCUUCACCAGCGAUGUAAACUACCUGUUUGAAGGAGUGUACUAUGGACCCCUGGCCUUGCUCACCGGCUUCCUGCUGCUGGCCUCCACCAUCGCCUCCUGCCUCACUCUUGGACCCACUGCGUUCAUUGCCACGCUUUGCUACCUCCUGAUUCUGCCACUGGAGGUAUUCCUGACCAGAACGUUUUUGAGGCUACAGAAUCACACUUCCGAGAUCAGCGACCAGCGCAUCUGCUUGACCAGUGAAGUUCUCACCUCCAUUAAGUUGAUUAAAAUGUACACGUGGGAGAAACCAUUUGCAAAAAUCAUUAGAGACCUCAGAAGGAAGGAAAAGAAGCUCUUGCACAAGUGUGGGUUUAUUCAGAGCCUGACCACGGCCAUCCUGUUCAUUGCCCCCACUGUGGCCUCAGUGGCACUGUUCCUUAUCCAUAUAGGCUUACGGCUGAAACUCACGGCCUCAGUGGCCUUCACCACCAUGGCCACCUUGGCCCCCAUGCGGCUGUCAGUGUUCUUAGCUCCCUUCGCAGUCAAAGGCCUCACAAAUUCCAAGUCUGCAGCGGAGAGGUUCAAGAAAUUUUUCCUCCAGGAGAGCCCUGUGGUAUAUGUCCAGGAAUUGAAAGACCCCAGCAAAUCUCUGGUUUUGGAGGAGGCCACCUUGUCGUGGAGAAAGACUGGCCCUGGGGUCGUCAAUGGAGCCUUGGAGCUGGAGAAGAAUGGACACGCUGCUGAGGGCAUGACCAGGGCUCAGCCACCUCCGGGUGCCCUCCCGCCACAGGACAAAGGGGACAGCAGAGCCCCGGAGUUGCACAAGAUAAAUCUUGUGGUGUCAAAGGGGACCGUGCUGGGUGUCUGUGGCAACACGGGGAGCGGCAAGACCAGCCUAUUGUCAGCCAUCCUGGGGGAGAUGCACUUGCUAGAGGGCUCGGUGGGGGUGAACGGAAGCCUGGCCUAUGUCCCCCAGCAGGCCUGGAUCGUCAGAGGGAGCAUCCGGGAGAACAUCCUCAUGGGGAGCCAGUACGACCAGGCCCGGUACCUCCAGGUGCUCCAUUGCUGCUCCCUGAAGCGCGAUCUGGAAAUCCUACCCUUCGGAGAUAUGACAGAGAUCGGGGAGCAGGGCAUCAACCUCUCCGGGGGACAGAAGCAGAGGAUCAGCCUGGCCCGCGCCGUCUACUUUGACCGUGAGCUCUACCUGCUGGACGACCCCCUGUCAGCCGUGGACAUGCAUGUGGGGAAGCACAUCUUUGAGGAGUGCAUUAAGAAGGCGCUCAGGGGGAAGACCGUCGUCCUGGUGACCCACCAGCUGCAGUAUUUAGAGUUUUGUGACCAGAUCAUUUUGCUAGAAGAUGGGAAAAUCCGGGAAAAAGGAAUUCACAGUGAGUUAAUACAGAAAAAGGGGCGAUACGCCCAGCUCAUCCAGAAGAUGCAUGGAAAAGCCACACAGGGCGUGCUGCAGGGCGGAGCAAAGGCGGCAGAAGAGCCACAGGUGGGAAGUCAGGCCCUGAUCCCUUGCCAGGAAGAGCUUCUCAAUGAAGAUGCUGGGCUGGAGAAUCAGCUCACAAAGAAGGAGGAGAUGGAGGAAGGGUCCCUGAAAUGGAGAGUCUAUCACCACUACAUCCAGGCAGCUGGAGGUUAUCUCAUCUCUGCCCUUGUCAUCCUGAUCAUGCUGGUGAUAGUCUUCCUUACAAUGUUCAACUUCUGGUGGCUGAGCUACUGGUUGGAGCAAGGCUCAGGGACCAAUAGCAGCAGAGAGACCAACAGAACCACUGCAGACCCAGGUGACAUCCAGGACAACCCUCAGCUACUCUUUUACCAGCUGGUGUAUGGCCUCAAUGCUCUGCUUAUGGUCUUCAUGGGGAUCUUGUCCUCGGUGUCUUUCACCAAGGUCAUGGGGAAGGCAUCCACCGUUCUGCACAACGAGCUCUUCAACAAGGUGUCCCGCUGCCCUAUGAGUUUCUUUGAUACAACCCCGACAGGCCGACUCCUGAACUGCUUUGCAGGGGACUUGGAUGAGCUGGACCAGUUCCUCCCUAUUGUGGUUGAACAGUCUCUACUCCUGUUCUUCAUGGUGAUCUUCAUCCUACUGAUGGUUGGUUUGCUGUCUCCCUAUAUCCUGCUGAUAGGAGUUGUGUUACUCAUUGUUUGCCUCAUUUUUUAUAGAAUGUUCAAGAGGGCUUCCCAUGUGUUCAAGAGACUGGACCACUAUAGCCGCUCCCCUUUAUUUUCACACAUCCUCACCUGUCUGAACGGCCUAAGCUCCAUCCAUGUCUAUGGGAAAGUGGAAGACUUCAUCAAUGAGUUUAAAAGGCUGGUGGAUGAGCAGAGUAACUACAUGCUGAUGUUUCUGUCUGCCACACGAUGGAUGUCCUUGAGGCUGGAGCUCAUGACCAACCUGUUAACCUUGGUGGUGGCCUUGCUCACGAUUUUCAACAUUUCCUCUGUCCCCUAUGCCUAUAAGGCCAUGGCUAUCAGCAUUGUCCUGCAGUUGGCGACCAACUUCCAGGCCUGUGUCCGGAUGUGUUCAGAGACAGAGGCGUCUUUUACAUCCGUGGAGAGGAUGCUGCAGUACAUGAAGAUAUGUGUCCCUGAGGCUCCUUUGCACCUAGAAGGCGGGAACUGUCCACCUGGGUGGCCACCACGCGGGGAAAUCACAUUCCAGGACUAUCAGAUGAGAUACAGAAAUAACUCGCCUAUUGUCCUCAAGGGCCUCAGCCUGACGAUUCGCAGCCAAGAAGUGGUGGGCAUCGUGGGGAGGACAGGCUCUGGGAAGUCCUCCUUAGGGGUGGCUCUCUUCCGCCUGGUGGAACCCGCCGCAGGCCGCAUCCUUGUUGAUGGCGUGGACAUCUGCAGCCUCGGCCUGGAGGACCUGCGGUCCAAGUUCUCGGUUAUCCCGCAAGAUCCUAUCCUGCUGUCAGGGACCAUCAGAUUGAACCUGGACCCCUUUGAUCGCUGCACAGAUGAGCAGAUCUGGGGUGCCUUGGAGAGAACAUCCCUGAGCAAGAAGGUUUCAAAGUUUCCCCAAGGCCUGCAAGCGGAAGUUAUGGAAAACGGCUCGAACUUCUCGGUGGGGGAACGACAGCUGCUCUGCAUCGCUCGGGCCCUCCUCCGCAGCUCCAAGAUCAUCCUUAUUGAUGAGGCCACAGCCUCCAUCGACUUGGAGACUGAUGCCCUGAUUCAGCACACAAUCCGUGAAUGGUUCCAGGGCUGCACAGUGCUGGUCAUUGCACACCGUGUGUCCACUGUCCUCAGCUGUGACCGUAUCCUGGUCAUGGGCAACGGGAAGGUGGUGGAGUUUGAUAGGCCUGAGGUCCUGCAGAAGAAGCCAGGGUCUGUGUUCGCAGCCCUGCUGGCAACAGCCAAUUCAUCACCGAGCUGAGGAUGGGGACCCCAUGAAGGCGGGUGGCUGAACCCAUCAUGGUGCACUGGAGUGUGGUGGGGGGCUGCGGUCUGCAACCUCCUUGUGCAGAGAAGGUUCUGGAAAGCAGGGCUGGACUGUGCUCAGGGGUGCUGGUGAUGGGAGGGAAAAGGAUGUUGAGGGAGCAAAACCUGAAAUGGGGCUCUCCAUGGUUCAAUAAGGGUUAAGCUUAUAGUUUUCUGAUUGGUGUUAAAAGUGUGGCAAAUGAUGGACUGAUUUUGUAAAAAAAAAAGUAAAUAAAAGGAAGAAAAAGUCUC